GGCCUGCCGGGGGGAAGCCGGCCGAGGAGGGGCGGCGAGGCCGGGCAGGGCGCCGGGGAGCCCCCGGGGUCGCCUCGGUGCUGCGGCGGCCCCCCCCCCCCGGAGCCGGGAGCGGAGGGAGAGCUUCUCCGGUAGCGCCUCGAGGAUGGUUUCUCCCAAAACGCGCUAUUUAGUGUUCUUUCAAUACUUUGGCACUAAAUAUAGUGGGGUCAUGGAAACUUCAGUUAACCAGUCAGGGAUUGGAGUCCAGAACUAUUUGGAGAAGGCAGCACAGAACCUGAAACCCGUUGUUCCCAUCAAGUUCCACAUCUCCAGCCGAACAGACAGUGGCGUUCAUGCACUCUGCAACGCUGCUCACCUCGACAUCCAGCGGGCGCCUGGGAAGCCAGCUUUUCGAGAGAGAGAGCUCAUCCAUGGUCUAAAUCACUACCUGAAGCCCGAACCAAUCCGCAUUUUGAGUGCCUAUCGAGUGACCAGUGACUUCCACGCACGCUUCUCGGCGCUGUCAAGAACCUACAUUUACCGGCUGCUGUUGGGCUGCGCUCACUGGUCUGAAGUACCCGUGUUCGAAAGGGACCUGUGCUGGGCUCCUCUGGGGGGCUACCUGGACGUGCCUGCCAUGCAGGAUGCGGCGCGGUUCCUGCUGGGAACCCACGACUUCAGCACUUUUCGCUCGCUGAACUCUGAAACACCCUUUCAGUCUCCGAUCAGAACCAUCGUCCAGGCAGAAAUCCAACCCUCUUCUGGUUUCCUGGCUCACCACUACGAAUCCAGGGGACUGGAGUUUUGGGAGUUGAAGUUCAGGAGCAAAUCGUUUCUUUACCGGCAGGUCCGAAGAAUGGUUGGGGCUCUAGUUGCGGUUGGCCAGGGAAAGCUAACGCCUCACCAUAUAAAGGAGUUACUGGAGGUAAAAGAUGCGCGGGCUUUUCCGCCGCACGCCAUGGCUCCGCCGUCUGGACUCUUCCUAAAAUCCGUGGAAUAUGACGAAGCAGAUUUGCACACAACAAGGGCCCCAGGAGAGUAGGAGCUCUGUCGGAUACAAGUGUCUGGAGGACUGUUGGUGUGGAUGUGGCACUGAGGUCUGCAGGGCACACAGCGCAUGGUCGUGUCUCAAUAAACAUCACUGACUGUGA